AUGUUAAUAAUUUUUCCAGCAGUAAUAUGGUCAACAAGGUACAGAGCAGAUACAAAACUAGGCUAUUUCUUUUAUAUAAAUGAUGAGAGGUUAUACCCGAAGAAUUCGAACAGCACAAAGGAUUCAAGCAGUUGGUUAUAUUCAAAAUAUUUGAACUACAAGAACAAUUUAAUGCAAAAAAAUAAUAAAUGGAAAAACGGAACAAAAUUUUACUUAAAUGAUGAUGUAACUGUCGAAGAAGCAAAAAAAAUUAUUUAUCAGAAUGAGCAAGGAAUACCCAAAAAUAUAAGAUUAGGAUGUAAGGGAAGAAUGAUGGAUGACAAGGACAACUUGGCAUUAGCUGUUCGAGCAUUUUGUAAAAGAGAUCCUAAAGUUUUUAUUUGGGAAGAUGAGCAUGCUGAAUUUGUUUAA